AGCCGCGCCUUCCGCAAGCGCCUUCCUCAUCCACCUCGCUCCACACCGAGCCGCGUCGCCAUCCGCCAUGGGUUCCGGUGUCUCCGCUGAGAUGUUGGCCAACUCCUCACAGGAGGAGGUCCAGAAGGCGUAUGCGGAGCAAAGUCCAGAGGGUCAAGAAAAGUUGAAGGAGGCGUUGUCGAAGAUGGGAGAGAAAAGCAGCCUCUGUGCCAGCCCUGCUCAAACCAAAGAGCCGAAGUCGCCCAGUUCGGCGAAGCGUCCCCUGAUGGAUCUACUGCAGCAAGGCUACACCAACUGUCAGCAGAGUUUGUUGCUCUUGCCCAAGUUUGAGGAGAUGUUUGGAUCGAUGGAUGCAGAUGCCAAUGGCAAAGUGAAGGUGUCGGAGUUGGGCCCAUGUGCAGAUAUGAUGGUGCACGCCGUAGAAGGCGUCGAAAGCAAGGAGGAGUUGAUGAAGCAGUUUGAUGCCAAUGGUGAUGGUGUUUUGACCAAAGAAGAGUGGGCGAAAGUGUCUGAACAGGCGGUGAAGAGCAUCCAGUCGAAGAUGGCCAAGGGGAUGAUUUCCCGCGGCGACGGCGAGGACUGGUCCGAGGAGAUGAAACCAGUUUGGGCUGAACUGAAGGCGAAGAUCGAGAAACUGGUCUGAGAUGACCAGAUGGGCGACCAAUUGAAGCAGUUGGAAUUGGGUGGUUGGAAGACCUGAGAAACCAUCACUAAUGAAG